UGGUCGGUCACUUUGAAAGAAAAACAAAAAAAAAUAAAAUCAAAAGCCCGUUUGCAUUUUUUUGAAACUUCAAUGACGGAUGAGAAGGAGAUCAUUGAUGACUAUAGCUCAGAUGAGGAAGACGAAGAAGACGAUGAUGAUGAUGAUGUCGAUGGCGAGAGUAGCAACGAAGAAGACGACGAUGAAGAAGAAGAAGAAGAAGAAGAAGAAGAAGAAGAAGAUGAUCGGAGUUUGAGUGGAGACGAUAGUGAAUUGAGCGAAGAUGAUUCUACUGAUUCCAAUUCGGAUUAUGAUGACGACGACGAUGACGAUGAAGAAGAUGAGGAAGAGGAAGAAGACUCUCUUGUUGAUAAAGUCACUCGCCUAUUCAAAGGGAAACAAGAUUGAGACUCAUAAACAUUUCUUAGCUGAAGAAAGCUUUCUUAAGGGUAAAAGAUAGGAGCAAAGAAGCAGUUUAUCAAAGAUCAUCUUUUGCAAAGGUAAACUAAAUCAUGUAUUGUUUUCUCUAUACAUGCCUCUUAUGUUAAUAUGCCGGAGAUGUUGAAAUUUUGUUUUACAAAGGGAGAUUUUUUUUGUUCUGUUUUACACUUAUAUCAGCUUCAGUCAGAGAGUUUAAAGAUUUUUAUAAUGCCUUUCCCCCAAAGACGAUUUGUAAACUCUUGUUUCGAUUACUCACAAGUACAAAAAUUUAUCUUUCAUAUAACCAAUAUGUGUAUGAAUACCGGUAUGUAUGUUUUUUGUGGUGGCAUGUUAUAAGUCACUGUUCCUGGUCUA